UCAAAAUCGAUCUGCCGACGGAAUGCCGCGUCUCGUUUUGUUUCCUGCCAUUUUGUCAGUACAACAAAUAAAUUAGCGUAUAUUUUGUUAGAAUUUGACGUGUUAAUUUUAUAGUGAACACGCAGAGCACAUAUUGUACAAAUUGGAAUUAGUUACGCGCGCUUUUUUCGAUUGGGUGUGUCUACUUAUAUAGUGAUCUGUGGUGUGUGUCAAGUGGAUUUUGUGAGGUUGGUUCUCUGAACGAAAGUUUUAUCAAAUCUAUCGGUAUAAUGGUUCGCGGAGCUGGUCGUGGAGGUCGGGGGAUGCCAGGGCGAGGAGGAAUGGGCCGUCCGCCCUUCAAUAGGCCAAGGGUCUUGAUGCUGAGACCUCCUUUUGACCUAAUACUUGCAGAACCCGCCUUCCCAAGAUGUAAACCUGCACCUGAUGAUUCAGCCCUAACACAGGCGCUCCUCAAAAGACAUGCAGAGCUGUGUCCAACACCUACAGAACAGUCAGCAGUGCUCAGUCUUGUCACUAAACUACAAAGCGUCCUAGACAACUUGGUAGUUGCGCCAGGAGAUUUCGCCGCUUGUCAAUUGGAAGAAGUUCGUCAAGUUGGGUCUUAUAAGAAGGGCACCAUGAUGGCGGGCAAGAACGUGGCCGAUAUUGUCGUCAUCAUGAAGACACUGCCGACCAAAGAAGCUGUAGAAGGACUUUCAAAUAAGGUGAACGAAGAAGUCAACAAGCUGAUGGUAGCCGAGUCAGCGGGCUGCGUGACUUGUGCGUGCCACGAGCGAGGGUUCACAGUGACGGCUACAGGGGCUGCGGUCAGAGUUCUGGUCACAACUCUGCAUCAGAACUUGAGGAAACUGGAGCCUGAUGUACAUCUGGAAUACAAGGUGAUCAACAGCCACUUGGCAGCCAUUAGGCAUAGUCGCUGGUUCGAAGAGAACGCUCACCAUUCCUCUAUCAAGGUCCUUAUUCGCCUUCUACGCGAUAUGUGCGCUCGCCACUCGGGCCUCGAACCCCUGACCCCUUGGAUGAUCGACCUGCUGGCGCAUCACUGCAUCAUGAACAACCCCGCCCGUCAGGCGCUGCCGAUCAACGUGGCAUUCAGGCGCGCAUUGUCUCUAGUAGCGGGUGGGUUGUUCCUACCCGGGUGUGCGGGGCUUCCCGACCCCUGCGAGGCGGCCCAUGCGCGAGCACAUACGGCGCUAGACCUCGCCGCGCAAGACCUGGCCGCGGCUACAGCCCAGACAUUGUUGCGCGUCGUCGCCCGCGGCGGACAUCGCUACGUUUUGGGCUUGCAAGCGUUUGAGGGCGGUAAAGAUAUUUCCACGGAAAUUACCGUAUGGGACGGAGUGGUAGUAUCGCCCCUAGCGCCCGCCUACCAAGAGACACCCGAACCAAUGGACACGGACGAUAAGGACGAGGAUGGCGCACAGGACGGCGUGGCUGCUUAGUUUCACUUAGUGAUUAAGUCAUAAAUACACCUUUUGAGUGUACUCGAAAUAUUUCAAUAAAUUUUCUAAUUUACGCAAA